AUGGGCCGAUGCGUGCGGCGGGUCCUGUUCAACCAGUUCGUGGUGCAGCUUCCGGUGUCGUUCCUCCUCCAGCCGCUACUCGAGGCCCGCGGCAUCGCCUACUCGGCCGAGCUGCCCUCGGCCGUCGAGGUCGUGCUCCAUCUCCUCAUCUUCUUGGCCGUCGAGGAGGUCCUCUUCUACUACUCCCACCGCGCCCUCCAUUUGUGGAACUAUCAGCGGAUCCACAAGAUUCAUCACGAGUUCAGGGCGCCGAUCUCGAUCGCCUCAGAGUACGCGCACCCGGUGGAGUACGUGGUGUCCAACAUGCUGCCGCUCCUGGCCGGCCCGCUGCUGAUGGGCAGCCACCUGGCCACCGUGUGGGUGUGGACCGCGAUCGCCGUCACCGGCACCUCGAACCACCACUGCGGCUACGCCCUGCCCUGGCUCCGCGGCCUGUCGAGCCCCCGAUUCCACGACCACCACCACCUCAGCUUCAACACCAACUUCGGCCUCGUGGGCCUUCUCGACCACCUCCACGGGACCCGACACAAGCCCCUCAUCGCCCAUCGCCGAGUAGAUGGUUAG